AUGCUCGGGCAAGGCUUUAUGGACCAGUACGACUUGGAGCUGGACGCUCGGACGGAGCGUCUACGUGCUUGGCCCCGAGCAUCACUGCCAGUGAGACCGAGCGACGGUGACUGGAGGCAGCUCGAGGCGCUGGGGAUGCCCGGGCGCCUGCAGGGUUUGCUGAUGACGGUGCCGGGCUGCUUGGAGCCGAUCGUGGGCCUCGUGGACACUGGUGCUUCGCACACGGUCCUGAACCGCCAGGCGGCCUACGUCUUGGGCCUUCGCGCCCAUGCCACAAGAGCUGUGAGUGUUGUGAGUCACAAUGAGAAAAGGCUUGCACCUACGGACCUACGGCAGCUACGGGCUCGAGCUCCUUUCGAGCUGCUCCUUUGCCUUCGCCUGCGCAUGUGA